CGUGGUGACUGCCUGCCGUCGUGCCGUCAAUGUUGGUCAAUGUCAACCAUAUAAUGUCAACAAUAAAGAAGAUGGUUAGUUCAGGUUGGAUUUUUAAAUAAAAAGACACUCGGGACAUUUCUGCAUCUGCAAUCUACUUGAAAAAAAAAGAAGAUGGGAGUUCACGGCCUGUGGAAGCUCUUGGAGCCCACGGGGCAGCCUGUCAACCUCGAGACGUUAGAAAAUAAAGUUCUCGCCAUUGACGUCUCGAUGUGGCUUCACCAGGCCAUGAAAGGCUAUCACGAUGCCAGUGGCAAUGCGUUGCCCAACGCUCAUCUGCUUGGCCUUUUCCAUCGAAUCUGCAAGUUGAUGUUUUACAACAUAAAGCCGGUCUUUGUUUUCGACGGCGGUGUCCCACAGUUGAAGAAGCAAACCCUGGCCAAACGCAAGCAAAUGAAAAAGAGGGCUGGCAAAAAAGCUGAACAGGAGCGACUGAGGCUGCUGAGGAAUCUGAUGGAACAGGACAUGAUUCAGAGGGCCAAAGGAAACUCUUCUGGAGCAAAUUUAAAAUUGCCUGCAUCAAUGAAGAAAAAUGCAUAUUCGGAUUUCGUCCUGCCUGAAGAAGAACCUGAAGCAAUCAAGCUUUUUCAUGCAGAAGAGACUGACUCCAGUGAUGACGAUAUCGAAGAAAUCAUCACCUGGGAAAAUUUCAAUCCAAACAGUAAAGAGUUCAAACAGUUACCUGCAAAUUCCAGACUUGAAAUCCUCAGUCACCUGAAAGACACAAGGAAGCAAAAUUCAUGGGGAAGAAUCCACGAAAUGCCUCAGGAAUCGGACGUAUUUUCGGGAUUUCAAAUGAAGAGACUUCUACUCCGACGAUCUGCCCAGGUCGAACUCGAAUUUGCAGAAAAAGAGUUGAGCAAGCGACACACACUGUCAAUGGAGGAAAUCAAAGAGAUCAUGGCUGAAAAGGGCAGCUUGGCCAGCAAGUUGGCUGAAAUGGAUACCGAUUAUGGCCAGAGAAUUUCAUCUGAUGCUGUUACAAGAUUUAUUUUGAUAAACAACCCUGAUCAGCGGGAGGCCAAAUUAGCUGUUGAGGGCAAUGAUGAACUUGAGGUAGCCACAACCUCGACUAUCAUAGUGAAACAAGAAUUAGGAGGAGAAGAAACCACCAAUGAUGACCCAUUCCCAGAAGACGUAAUUCCGAGACCUGUUAAAAAAGAGAUCGAUGAAACUGAAUUUACCCAGGAGGAAAUCAUGGCCAUCAUUAGCAGUACAAAGGAAGCACCAAAAGAGGAAGUGGUUGUGGUUUUAGACGAUGAUCCAAGUCAGCCCUCAACUUCAGCAGCAUCAUCUAGCAUUUUAAAACAGAGGAAAAAGCUCCUGGAAAUACUUUUGGAUUCAGAGGACCAGAUUAUUUCCGACGACAGUAUUUUUAUCGAGGAAAAGACUGAAAAUGUCAAGAUUUCAAUGCACCAGAACUUAAGUGAUGAAACCAAAGAGAGAGCACCGAAAUUGUUAGAAGAUGGUAAUGAUAAACUGCUGGAAGUAAAAGAAAAUCAGUCCUCAACUUUGGUAGCAACGUCCUGCCUUUUAAAACAGAGGAAAAUCCAGGAGAACCAAACCAGUCCUUCUGAUGGGAAAAAGCUACUGGAAAUACUUUUGGACUCAGAGGCCCAGAAUAAUUCUGAUGACGAUAUUUUUAUUGAGGAAAAAACUGAAAAUGUUCUAGUUUCAAUGCGUCAGAACUUCAGUGAUGAAACCAAAAAGGUAGCACCAAUAAUGGUCGGAGACAGUAGAUAUGAACUUCUGGAAGUGAUAGAAAAGCAAAAGAUUGUUAAUAUUGAGAAAGAACAGGAAAAGUCCAUUGACAUUCAUGUGAAUGUUGAGAAGAUUUUACCAAAGGAAGAAGACAUUUUUGCAGAAGUUUUUCCUGUUAAGAAAAGUACAGAAGAUUUUGGUGUAGCUUCUUCUCCAGCGUCCGCCGUAUCUGUCGUCGGUGUCAUGAGCAGUUGUGAGGAAUCGAUCGACGAAGAUGAAGAAGAUGAACUCCCAGAAGAAGUGCAUAAAGAAGCCAAAUUUGAUGGAAUGGAGACUGUUGAUCCUGGUGAAAUUCUUGAACACAAAGAAGAAGAACCUCAAUCACAAAUCAGCAAUUUCCGAAAUAUGAACUUCACCGAAGAAGAAUUAAAACAGCUAGAGGAGAAACUUGCCAAAGAGAGUACAGAAAUUGUCAAAGAAAUUGGCCGUCAAGAAAGGAUUGCAACAAACAUCAGUGACCAAAUGUGUCAAGAAGCGCAAGAGUUGAUUGCACUUUUUGGCAUGCCAUUUGUGGUGGCUCCCAUGGAAGCGGAGGCUCAGUGUGCCAUGCUAGAUUUGCUAUCCCUCACGCAUGGAACUGUAACAGACGACAGUGAUAUUUGGCUUUUCGGAGGUAGAACUGUAUACAGGAAUUUUUUCAAUCAGGCAAAAAAUGUUGAGAGAUACACCAAUGAGUCUAUUUCAAAAAGCUUCAGGCUGACAAGAGACCGCCUGAUCCUAUUGGCAAUGUUGGUGGGCAGUGACUACACUGUUGGUAUUUCUGGUGUUGGGCCUGUUACUGCUCUUGAAAUCAUUUCUGAGUUUGCCUCAAAUGUGCAAGGGGAGAUAGCAGACCCCGAAGAGCUAGUUAUGCCACUAAAGAACUUCAGAGAGUGGUGCGUCUCCAGGAAUAUAAAAAAUUUGAGACAGAAAAAACUAAAAACAACACUCAAAGAUAUAUCUUUCCAAGAUGGUUUCCCAAGUGAGGCUGUUGUUAAUGCUUAUGUUCACCCUCAAGUCAGUGAAUCUAAAGACAAGUUUUCAUGGAGCAAACCAGAUAUUGAGGGCCUACUCAAGUUCACCUUGCACAAAUUUGGUUGGAGCAAAGGACAUUCUGAGAGUAUUUUAGACCCAGUAAUCAAAAGAAUGGGAGAAUCUAAGAUUCAGGGUCGCAUCGAUGCGUAUUUCCCGACAUUGACUCCCACCAACAACAAGAGCAUUGAUUUGGUUGUUAGUUCAAGAGUACGAAAUGCAAUUAACCAGCUCAACGGCUUUGCGUCCGAAAGCAACGUUGAUCUUGAACCUCAGCCCUCAACCUCCACGGCUGCUAAAAACUCAUCUGCAGUGAAAAGUGAUAAGUCUGCGCCUAAGAAAAGCAAACUCGCAAUCACGCCAUCAAAGUUAAACGAAUUCAAAAAGCAGCUUGUGAAAAAACCAAAGGCUACCCCACUCGAGAGUCUGAACAAAAAGGUGAAUGUUCCAAAGAAAGAGUCAAUUCCUCAGAGGGAGAAGGACAAACAAAUUUCUCUGCAGAGUAAGCUUAAAGCAAUUGAAGUGUUCCGAAAGAGGAAAAUCGACCCAGCUAUCAAGCCUCGAAGGCCCAAGAGACUUGUUGCUAAAGACAAUUACUUAUCCGAGAGCAGUGACAGUGACUAAUUAUAUGUAUGAUAAUGUAUGUGAUAUGAAAUGUUUAAAAAUUGAAGAAACACAAAUUAAAUUAUAUGCAAAAUAAGUAUGCUAUUUAUUGAACAAAUACAGGUAUAGUACUUAUUUACUUGUUAA